UACAAGGAAAAGCAAAAGUCGAUGAGGGAAAUCACACGCUAGCUGAAGGUUCGUUGGCUCUAUCAAAGAAGGGCUAAUAGCCAUGUCAAAUUGUAAACGUAGUUCGAGUUGCAAUUUCAGUGGAUCAACUAUUCGUUGAGUUAAUUAAGGUGUCAGGCCUUUCAAGUUUAUAUUUCUUCGGAUCAAAGUGCUCAGGUCUCAAGACUAUUGGAUAUGGUAACUAGACGCAACGUUCGUUAUUCUCCUCUUGCCACAGAUGAGGAUAGCUUUAUUGAUACUACUGGCUUGGAUAGACCAUUUGACCCUCGUUUUGAUUUUACCCCAAGAGCACUAGACAGAGUUCCCUGGAAAUCCAUUGCCCUUGCACUCUUCCUGUUGCUCCUCGGGACAACGCUUUUGGUUAUUUCUUUCUUUGUCUUCACCGGUCACAUGGGUGGAGAGCGGUCUCAAGCUUAUGGCCUUUUAGUCCUAGGGAUUCUCAGCUUUCUCCCAGAAUUGAUUCCAAAAUACUUGAUCCUUGUUUCUCAUGGCUUUUACGAGACUCGAACAGCAUAUUAUGCAUGGAGGGGUGCCAAAGGUUACAGUUUUGCUGCCAUUCCUGCUUAUUAGGGCUGUACAGUUCAAUUAAUUAUCUUUCUUUUGAUGUCUGUUUGUUAGUCUUAUCUUAAACCACGGAUAAAAAAACACUAUAGAAGUGUAGUCUUCGUUCUUAUGUUAUUGAUUAAUGCAGCAUCCAACUGAAAAAUCCUGUGCAUAGCUUUCCACUGUAUUGCUCAUAAGUCUGCUUAUGAAUGGCCCGAGUAAUGGAUGAGAGUCAGAAAUGUCAAAUUCA